CUUCCUCUUCUUUCCAGAAAAACCAAGACUUUAAUACGACUAAGAAAAAUUCAGACGAAACUGAGAAACUUUCAAUUUAAUUGGUUCAAAAUCAUCCUAAAUCGAGUAGAUUGUUUUGAAUCGAUUUUUGAAGUUGAUUCGAAGUUCAGUGAUUGUGAUUAGAAUUUAUAACCAGACCCAGUUUUUGAGGUGAAGAAAAAGCAGAUUUUGUGUUCAAUUUCCAUGGAAGACGAACCAGGAAGCGAAAAUGAAGCAGACACCAUAGUUGCUUCACCACUUGCAAAAUGGAGAAUCGAAUUCUCGAAAUCGUUUCAGAAUUACUUAGACAGAUCUGCUCCUAACAUUGUUCGAAGAUGGCUUGUGACUUUAGUCGCUGCAGUGAUCUAUAUCUAUAGGGUUUACUCUGUUUAUGGAUACUUCGUUAUCUCUUAUGGCUUAGCUACUUAUAUCUUAAAUCUCUUGAUUGGUUUCCUUUCCCCUAAAGUUGAUCCUGAACUUGAAGCUUUGGAUCCUGAUUCUUUACCUGUUGAUGAGUCUGAUGAGUAUAAGCCCUUUGUUCGUCGUCUUCCUGAGUUCAAGUUCUGGUAUGCAGCGACUAAAGCAUUUGUUGUUGCAUUUGUGAUGACAUUCUUCUCUUUCCUGGAUGUGCCUGUGUUCUGGCCGAUCUUGUUGUGUUACUGGUUGGUUUUGUAUUCUUUAACUAUGAAACGCUUAAUCGUGCACAUGUUCAAGUAUAGAUACUUUCCUUUCGAUGUAAGAAAGCCUGUGAAGCUGCUCAAGUUUCUUGUAAACAGUGUCCUGACCUUUUUAAGACUCAAGAAGGGUGAUGGUGGAGAUGAUAGGCCCAGCAGCAGCAAUUCAUCUCAGGGAAAUGAAAAACAAGAUUAGAUGCGAACAGUAGAUCAGGUACUGAUCUCGACGUGGUGAUAGGCGAAGCAAGAAAGGAUACAAACUAAGGAUAUCAAAGUAAAAUAUACUAUAGCCAUGCUGGUGGAAUAGGAAAACAAAGUUCUUGAAGCUUAACAGAACUAAGAAAUCUCUCUGAGUUUUGAGUAAUCUCCUGCAUUUUCCGGUUUUUGCAUUGUAAUGUGUAACAGUGUAUUUUACAAUUAUACGUUUAAAUGAAUUUGGGAAUCACAAGUAGGAAAAAGUAUUCUUUACAGUUCCAGGACUUGGAUACUACUCUGGACACAACUAAUCACACAAAGCUGUGUUGACAGCCUCCAAUACCAAGCACUGGUCCAAAUCUCUUUGCAGAAACAGAUACAGAUUGGUCAUCAUACUCGGAGAACUGUGUGGACUCGAGUGUACUUACUUGACUUCC